AGAAGAAGAAGAAGAAAUAGAGAAUCGAGAUAACUUUAUUAACGUGUUGGUGUUAAAUUGAAGAAGAUUGUACAAGAAGAAAGUUGUAACCGCUUAUUGUUCUCCGGCCAGAGGGACAGGAAAACACUACAACUGCAGAAAACAGGGUUACAUUUCUUUCAUUUAAAGGAGGAAAGUGAAAGUAUUUUUCAGCUCAACAGUUUAAUCUGCUACCAGUGUAGCGCGCGGCAGAAGCCCCCAGACAGACUAACAGGACGAACAUGGUCGUGCAAAUCCUCAUCUGUGGAUUCCGCGGGGAGCAGAAGGUCAUCAACCUGUGCGACACUAAGGAGCAGAUUAAGAGCAUCACAGGGCGGCAGCUGAAGGAGAAGAUAAUACAGCAGACCGAUUUCUCUGUAUACGUUCCAGAUAUCUUAUCAACCAACGUCCGACUGAUCUUCUGUAAUAAAAUAUUGGAUGACGACUCUCUGCUGUCUGAAUAUGGAAUCCAACACACAUCAGUCAUUUACAUGAUGAGAUCCUACCCAGGGGGAGGGACGUAUCCCGGGAAGGGAGAUGGUGGAAUGGGUGACAAAGACGGCAAAAACCGAAAGCUAAAGAGGCGUGCCUGGCAAGGACAAGCAGGAGAGGACAGACUUCUGGGAGCUGGGGGCGCGUCUGCUGCGGGCUCUGCUCUCACCCGAGGCUCCGUGUUCCGUAAUCAGCCACGGCUUAAGAGGGAGACUCAAAUAUCCAGUCCCCGCCGGAUUGUUGAAUAUUCACUCAAAACCUCCGUCGAGCCUCAGCAAGCAGUCAGCCAGAAAACUCUCUGUUCCGCCGGCAGCCUGGUCUUUCCCCUGUUCCCAGUCCGCCAGCAGCCACCUUGUGCUUCCCUCAGCACAGGAGCAGGAAGGGAGCCUCUUCCUCGACCCCCCGACCCCCCUGCUCAACCUCUAUUGAAUAAACUGUGCACAGUGUUUCCCACACAUAGGCUUUACUUGGGCGGGCCGCCCAGGUAGAUUAACAGCCACCCAAGUAAAUUUGGCGACCCAUUUUAAAAUUGUUCUUGAUUGCAGCGCAGCGCAUAUUCGCUCCGCACAUCCUCUCUCUCGGUCAGUCUCGCUCUCUCGCAAACACAGACAACAGACCCGUCUGUGAAUUGAAUGGUUGGUAUCAUUAACACCGCUGCAUAAAUCUGUCAAACACAACGCUGUCAAUGUCGGAGACCCAUCUUCAAAACAGUUAUUAGCAAGCAUGUAAGGCGCCUAGCUAAGGAGAGCUAAGUUAACUUUGCGAAACAGCUGUCAAAGUUAGCACGCUAUAUAACUGGUAGUCAACAGGUGUAUUCGAGAUAACUGGCUGACUUUCGCCGACUUGAUAGAUAGGAGAAUAAAAACAGCACUGUCAGACACAAUCUACCUCCGGUAGACUGUGUGAGCUUUACUGUGAGUUUAUAACAAUGUUCAGGCCUUGCUUCCACAAGGUCUAGUGACGUUUUGCAGUGCAGGUGUGCUGAAUUCUGCAUGCCUGUCGUGAAUUUGCAUACACCUCUCUCUGUUAUACUGAGAAGAGGUGGAUGCAAAUUUCGGCAGGUAGCCUACAAAAUCUGUUUUGCCAAAUAAUGCAAUUCACUUCUUAAGGUCCUUUUAGGACACGUUGCUGUUUGAACGCGGUUAACGCCACAUGUUUUUGCUGAAUCUCAAGAAAUAGUACUUUUACUAAGUGUAAUAAUAUAUUAACGAUUCUUAACGUUCAUAAAAUAUAUACUGAUCAUUUAUCACUAUCGAUGAACCCCACAAAGAAUAGUAUAGCGUUUAAAAGCAGAACUUUAAUGCAUUUUCAUACAAUUGUCGGCAGGCAUGCAAAAUUCGACACCUGUGACAGUCGAGUGAGAAUUGUUUUAAGACGCGCUUGAAAUAAUGUUUUUGUGUACUGCAAUGCCUGACCACAUGAUAUAAUAGCAUGUGAUGUUAUGUAAAAUAGACUACUGCUCUUUGUAUGGUCAUAGAUUCUGUAAUAAAUUGUAAAUAAUUUUUUAAAAGUUGAACCUACCCUUUGCCAACUUUAACCAACUUAAUGCUAAACCCAGAGUUGAAAUUUCCUGCCUUAGCUCAAGAAAAUUAAAUAAAUAAUAAUAAUAAA